AUGCUCACCUCUAACUCUGCACUCAAGGACUUCACGGAUGACUUUGGCGGUGGCAAUCUCCCUCCCCCGCCCUACGGUGGACGCCCAAAGUAUGUCAAGUUCGGGCCUGGCGAUAAAGGAGAGGGCUUGUCCCAUGCAUUCUUUGAAGAUCCCAGGAUAUACAAGGGAACACCCGGAUCAAGAGGACAGAUCCAUUCUUGGGGAUUGUAUCCGUACGACGAAGACAACUUACCGAUCUAUGAUGUUAGUGGAGAAUCGCUCUUCCGCCAGAUGAAGUACCAGGUGCUUUACAUGGGGACCAGGCAGAGCCCUCAGCAGCAAUUCAUUGACGUCCUGAUGGAUCGAAAGCGUAAGGAGAUUGCAGCUUUGGAUCUCAAUGGUUUGGACAAGCAGGACGUGAUUCUGCAUGUCAAAUUCACAAACGUAAACAGCAAGAACGGCGAGCCUCGCAUCUGGCGAAGAUUCCGAUUAUCUGGUGGGAUCAAGCUGAGUGUCUUCCAAGACAAAGUAUUGGCUCCAAUCUUAGGCUGGGUCCGCAACUUCCACUGCUACGUUUUCACCGAUCUUCGGGAUGGAGCAUUGUUUGGGCCUGAGACGUCUAGCUCAGUCGAUCGGGUGCAUCUCACCCACAUCGGCUAUGACUAUCUUCCAGACGAGAAAUUUAUGCUCUCACAUCUGUUUGCUAAAGAAGGUGAUCAGAUUGGAUACCUGUAUGACUUUGGUGACAAGUGGUUCCACGAGAUCACGGUGGAGAAAAUUAUUCCUCAGGAAGAGUCCGAUGGCGAAGUCAAGAUCCUGGAUGGGAAGGGCAUGUGCCCCGGAGAAAACAUGAACGGCUGUCAUAGUUUCGGUCCUUUCCUCGAGGAGUACGACAAAGCUACCCCUGCUCGGAAAGUCGAGAUGAAGCGCGAGAUCCUGGCGUGCCCGAACUACAACGCAUUCGGCAAGCCUCCCUCGCUCUUCGACCCGGACAGUUUCAGCCUCCCUGAAGCGGCCAAGCGGCUCGCGGAUGCACUAGGUUCCGCGAACUCGGUGCGCAGCGGUGCCAAGGUGUUCAAUAUGCCCAUUGCGCCCGACGGCGUCGCGGACGCAUUCAAGCGCAUGCACCUGAAGAAGGGGCAGCAUAUCAUGAAGGACUACGACCCUGAGGGCUUAGGGUACUGGGAGGAGACGACUUCGUCGCGCAAGGACAAGCGCGAUGAGACCGUUUGCGCGGCGUGCGGGAAGCCGAGCCCUGAGGAGCUUAAGGUCUGCGGUGGGUGUCACCAAGUCAGGUACUGCUGCCCUGAACACCAAAAGACGCAUUGGAAGGCCGUUCACAAAAACCAGUGCAGCCGCAAGUAUAUGAAGAAGUAG